AUGCAGAUUUUAUAUUACAUUUACACACUCCAGAGAGGUGUGAGUCACAGGGCCUCAGCCUCGCCAGAUCCUAGGUCUCCGAGGGAAGAGGAGGAGGCACCACUGCUCCCCAGAACCCACCUGCAGGCAGAGCCACACCAACAGGAACCCUGGACUCUCACUGAGCCAGCCCUGACCCUAGGCAAUGCCACGCCUCCCACGGCGCUGGAGGUUAGUUCCUUGCUGCUGGAGCUGCAGAAGCUGCCAGGAUUGGCCAACGCAACCUUGAGUACCCCGAACCCUGAUAUCCAGGUGACCAUCGAGGUGGCAGAGGACACCCAGGCAGAGGUGGAGACAGACCUGUUGGCCAAGCCCAGCAAUCGCCUGCCCCAGGGCUGGCUGUCCACCUUCUGGUCCUUCUUCUGGGGAGAUCCAGAAGAGGAAGAGGGUACUCGUCUCAAGGACAGAGCCCCAGGGGGACAAGAGGAGAAGCGGGAGGAAAAGGAGGAAGACAAGGAUUAUUCUGUAGAGGAAAUUAAGGAUCUGGACCAAGAAGACAAAGAGAAGGACGAUGACAAAGAGGAGGAGCUCUGGUUCAAUGGGACUACAGACAACUGGGACCAGGGCUGGCUGUCCCCCAGGGCUUGGGUCCUCAAGGAGUUUAACAUCAAAGAUCAUGAGACUCAGGAGGAGUGGAGUCCCUGGUCUCCCUGCAGUGGGAAUUGCAGCGCUGGUAAACAGCAAAGAACUCGGUCCUGUGGCUACAGCUGCACCUUCAUCGAGUCCCGCACCUGUGAACUGCCCUUCUGCUCUGACACCGAGGACAAGGACAUCUCGGGCCCCCUCAGUGAGGAGUGGCAGCACCUGAACGAGAGUGCUACAGAUUUGUUUGGCCAAGAUGUGGACAGCUGCGAAAAGUGGCUGACCUGCAAGAACGACUUCCUUACCAACUACAUAAGCCAGAUGCAGCGGGACCUGCCCAGCUGCCCGUGUGUCUACCCGCGGGGGGCCAUGGAACGCACCGUGAGCUUGCGGGACCACCAGCGCCAGGGCCGCAGAUACCGGUGGAGGGACGCCAGUGGCCAUUCCGAGCGCCUGGACAUCUACCGUCCCACGGCGCGCUACUGCCUGCGCUCCCUGCUGUCCGAGGAGAGCAGCACGCUGGGCGCCCAGCACUGCUGCUAUGACAACCACCGCCGGCUGCUGACCCGCGGCAAGGGCGCCGGCGCGCCCAACCUCAUCAGCCCGCAGUUGUCACCGCAGCUGCACUUCAAGGUGGACACGCUGCCCUGGAUCCUGUGCAAGGGGGACUGGAGCCGCCUCCACGCCGUGCGCCCCCCCAACAACGACCGAGCCUGCCCCGACAACCCCCCGUUGGAGGAGUACCUGGCACAGUUGCAGGAGGCCAAGGAGUACUAAUGCCGGGGCUGCGGAGCAGACGCUGCAGGUAGAGGGCCCGCGCUGCUGCUGCUGCUGCUGCUGUUGGGCGGGAGAACUUUCCUGGUAGGGCCUUCACCCCGCCCCUGCCCAGACAGGGUGAGUGAAGGGCUCCCCCAGCAAGGUUGGUCCCAGGCUGCUUGCUCGCUGCCUGUGACCCCGAGGCAGAUGUCUCAGUGGGGUUAGUGAGAAGGUUGAAGGGUAUGGAGGGCCCAGGGUGGGUGUCCCUGGGAGCCCUGGAAAUGUGCAUACCUGCCUGUGUCUGCUGCCGCCUCCCGCUGCUGCCUGCUGGGAGGUGCUGUCCCACCUGGCCCUUCAUUUUCCUCCUCCUUGGGAGCUGGGCUCUUCUGCACCGGCUCUGCACAUAGGUGUUAGCCAGCAGCUGCAGAAACAUCCCGAUUCCUGGGAUCUCCAGUGAGUCACUCACACCCCACUCUGAUGGCCAGCUGAGGAAGGGCCACUCUUAUCAUCCACACAGCCAUCCUUGGCCAGGGGCGCAUCCAGCCCUGCUGGCCACUCCUCCUUAUCUGUGGGUGGUGCACGUGCCCUUCUUUCCCCACCCCCUGCCACGAGCCACUGUAUGGGAGGGUUUCUGCAGCCCCAAGCUGCCUUUCUGCUGGACACCACUUUCGUUUUGGGCUGAAAGCCAUCCCAGCUGAGGGAAGUAGACUCCAGGCAGGGAACUGGUUGCUCAGUUCUGGUCCCUUUCCUUCGCUUAGGCCGCUCUGUUCUGCUGAUUGUAGGGAUGUGCAGGGCUGGGAGCUGGCACUGCCCCGAGUGGGGGGGUGAUAGCUUGUCACAGUAGCCAGGCUUGGGCGAGCUUAGCAGUGGCUCAGGAGAGCGUGUCACACAUCUGUAGUGAUGGUAAACCAGUUCUCUGGGAGGGAAAAAAAGCCCUGAUUUGUUGCUUGUGGGCAACUUCUGUGGUUUCAGUCCUUCUGCAGCGGCCUGUUUCCUGCUCCCAGCAUCACUGAAUGCGACGAACGCAGAGUUGGAAGAGAUGCUCAUAAUCCGCUCUCCGGGCACACCUCAUACCUCUUCCCUGCCUCCCCAGCCCCCAGCCACACUUCCUUGCCUUCUAUGGGAUUGAAAUGUUGAAGUCUCAACUGUCUGUGUUCACCAGAGCCACCACAGGUAGGGGACUUCAGUCCUAGCCCUUAGAUGGCCGCCUUGAAGCUCUGUGGGAUCCUCAGCAAUAAAGCACUUUAUUUUCAAA